AAUGUGCUGCUGCUGCUACACAGAGACCUGGGCAGCUCAGGUGUUCUGUGCUUAAAUCACUGAUUUUAAACUAACAAAUUCCAGGAAAAGGACCUUCAGUCAGGAGAACUGGUCGCUGCUGUUUCCUUGCAUUGGAAGGGAAAUAAUGCUCCAUUCUACACUGGCCUUGUCCCUCCUGCUAAUUGCAGUCAAUUCCAACCUUGCAAUGGCAAUUAAAAAGGAAAAACGAGCACCACAGACACUGUCAAGAGGGUGGGGAGAUGAAAUUACCUGGGUACAAACUUAUGAAGAAGGGCUUUAUCAAGCAAAAAAAAGUAACAAGCCACUGAUGGUAAUUCAUCAUUUGGAAGACUGUCAAUACUGCCAAGCACUGAAGAAAGCUUUCGCAGAAAAUGAAGAAAUUCAGGAAAUGGCCCAAAAUAACUUCAUUAUGCUGAAUCUCAUGCAUGAAACCACAGAUAAAAACCUGUCACCUGAUGGACAAUACGUGCCUAGAAUCAUGUUUGUAGACCCAUCUCUCACGGUAAGAGCUGAUAUCACAGGAAGAUACUCCAACCGGCUUUACACUUACGAGCCACAGGACAUGAUGUUCCUAAUAGAGAACAUGAAGAAAGCACUACGCCUCAUUCAGACAGAACUGUAACCAGCAACAGUGAAAUGACCACAACCUCUAUGAGGUGAAGCUGCACCUCUCUGUUUCCACUUGCAAAUUGAAC